AAAGUCCUAAUCGGACUCCUCACGCACCUCUCGAUACAUUUCGGCGGAACACAUAUAAAGGAGAUGAUGGGAGAGAGUGGGGCGGCAAGCGGAGGCGAGUUUCCGGCGAAGUGGCUGAGAGAGGACAAACAGAAUGGUGUCUCCGUCCGUAUUCAAAUGGAAGCUUCCAACAACGCAACCAACGGCGGCGGCAAUGAGGAGCAGUUCUCCUCCAUCAUCCCCGGCUGGUUCUCUGAGAUUAGCCCAAUGUGGCCUGGAGAGGCACACUCAUUAAAGGUAGAAAGUGUAUUGUUCAAGGGGAAGUCAGAUUACCAGGAUGUCUUGGUGUUUCAGUCUUCAACAUAUGGUAAAGUGCUUGUUUUGGAUGGUGUGAUACAACUAACAGAAAGAGAUGAAUGUGCAUAUCAAGAAAUGAUUGCUCAUCUCCCGCUUUGUUCAAUCCAGAACCCCAAGAAGGUAUUGGUCAUUGGAGGAGGAGACGGUGGUGUCUUGCGCGAAGUGUCUCGCCAUUCUUCAGUUGUGCAGAUAGACAUAUGUGAGAUUGAUAAGAUGGUAGUCGAUGUUUCAAAACAAUUUUUCUCUGAUGUGGCUGUUGGAUAUGAGGAUUCCCGUGUAAAUCUCCACAUUGGCGAUGGAGUUCAAUUCUUGAAAAAUGUGACUGAAGGAACCUAUGAUGCUAUUAUAGUGGAUUCUUCUGAUCCCAAAG